AUGGCUUCAAAUACAAAAUUGUGCGCGGGAUGUUUAAAUAAAAUAACUAAUAAGGACUUUGUAACAUGUUCACUCUGCAAAGAUAUAUAUGACACAGUAUGCGCUAAUAUCUCUCACCAACGCCUUAUGCUGCUGGAGAAAGACAAGAAAGAGAAAUGGAUCUGCCCUGGUUGCAGGAAUAAAGAGCGAAAGGGUGGCAAUUCAAACACCCCCAUUCAGUCCAGAACGGGCCCGCGCGACUGUGGUGAUUCGUCGCAGGAAAUUAGUACUCCUAACAAUGAUUACAUAACACAGCGUAAAAAACCUCAACUACUUAGUAAUCAGAAGGUGAGUUCACCUACACAACCCGGAGAUGAAUCCUUAAUGCUUACAAUUAGAUCAGAAAUUAAAUCAUCAAUGGGAAAAUUUUUUAAAUCAAGCUAUAGAGGAGUCAUCUAUAAAAAUGGAUUUAAGAACUAUAAAAGAGGAGUUAAGUUCCUUAAAAGAUAUCAAAAGCGGGCUUGA